GAACGGAGUGUCGACGUUUGCAGUUCAGCAUCGUUUACGAGAUUUGACAAUAUGAGCAAGCUGCUACUGUUGAUGCUGGUUGCCUUGAGCGUGAUCUACGCGAAAAACUGCACCAACAAAUCGCCUUUUUCGUACCAUGAGCUCAAACACUCGAACCAUUCGAAGCGAGUCAACGCGACGCUGGAGGCGGUAUUCAAUCGAAAAGGAUUCAAUUUUACGUUAAUGGAAGGCUACUCGUGCCGCAACGCUACGGGUAACGUUUACUGGUAUCACGUGUUGCUGGAUAAAGACUCCACCCGAUCGGAGGUGUCAUAUCUUGAAACGCUCAACGGGUCCAAACGAGGCAGGGUUGAUUAUCUGGUUUAUGAAGCUAACAAAGCUCACUACGUGUACCGUUGGAAGAUUGCUACAAUAAAGUGAAGCGUGUGAAGAUUGAGCAUCGAGUCGAAAUUCGUUUGUUCAGAUUCAUUCUAAAACAGCUGUUAAGGAGAAACAAAAAAAAAAAUCAAAAAAGAUUAUCCCUACACGUUUGUUACACAAGCCGUAUGAAUACUA